CGACAUGAGGAUAGAAAUCCCAUGUCUGAAUAUAAAAGCGAGACGUGAAAUAUCUCCAAUUGAUGUAUCAGAAAUUCAGAAGAAAAAAAUAUUACAGAAAAAGAGCAAAGAAAUGAAGGAAUCCCGGAAACGGAAGCAGUUCAAGCCACUUGGGGAAUCACAUUCCUUGUCCAACAAAAAAUCUUCAGCCAAUCACACCAAAGAUCCAUACCCAACUUGCCAUCAACCAACCCCAGACGAAUGUCGAGCCGUACGAGACUCCCUCUUGGCUCUACAUGGCUUCCCCCAAGAGUUCGCCAAGUACCGGAGGCAGAGACCAAGCGAAGAUCUCCCCGCUGAUGAAAACGGCUCUUCUCUUUCCAUCGACCCUUCUGAAAAUGACAACUUGGAUGGUGAUUUGGAGGAAAAGGAGACUGUUUUGGACGGUUUAGUGAGCACUGUGCUGUCGCAGAAUACCACCGAGCUAAAUUCUCAAAGGGCUUUCGCUUCUCUUAAGUCUGCAUUUCCCACUUGGGAAAAUGUUUUGGGUGCUGAUUCAAAAAUGAUAGAGAAUGCUAUAAGGUGUGGAGGUUUGGCCCCAACAAAAGCUUCGUGUAUUAAAAACUUAUUGAGAUGUUUGCUUGAGAGAAAAGGAAAGUUAUGCUUGGAGUACUUAAGAGAUUUUUCAGUUGAUGAAGUCAAGGCUGAACUCUCUCUAUUUAAAGGAAUUGGCCCCAAAACGGUUUCUUGCGUAUUGAUGUUCCAUCUUCAGCAUGAUGAUUUUCCAGUGGACACACAUGUGUUUGAGAUUGCAAAAGCUCUUGGUUGGUUACCAGCUGGAGCUGACAGGAAUAAGGCAUAUCUCCAUCUCAACCAACGUAUCCCCAACAAGCUCAAAUUUGAUCUUAACUGUCUUUUGUAUACACAUGGUAAAGUCUGCCGCAGAUGCAUCAAGAAAGAGGGUACCAAGAUAAGAAAAGAAUCAAAUAAUGAUUCCUGCCCUUUAUUACAUUACUGCAGAAGAAAUUAGUUUGGAAUCACUUGGCAAUUUUGAGUUAUUUGCUUAAAAAACAGUCGGGGGAAUAAGGGAAACACCGAAAACUUGGCUCUGCUAGUUAAGUGACAGUUUACAUUUUGAUACUCAUGAGGGAGAAAAGCCUUAGAUUAUUUGGUUUUGAAGUGAAUCUUUAUUCUGAUGGCAAGAGUCAUUCUGAAGAAAACAGAAGUUUGAUGUCCAUAGAUGAAGUUGGUUCUGAAGCUGAGCAUACUGAUGCGAAAUCAGAUGGUUCGGUAUGUCAACUAGAACAAAAGAAGCAUAGAUGUGAGUUCUGUCAUAGAGAGUUCAUGAACUCACAGGCACUGGGAGGCCACCAGAAUGCACACAGGAAGGAGAGGCUAAAGAAAAAGAGAAUGUUACUACAAACUAAGAAAGCCAAGCUUUAUCCUCAACCAAAGGAAUGUCCCACUGGUUUGACUUUUUAUCAUUCAACCCAAUGCUAUAUAGACUUUUCUUCUUCUAAGUUAGCUUUUUACAGAGAGCCUUUCAUUAGCUUCAACUCUUCAGAUCAAAAUCAAGUCUAGAUAUAUAACACCUCUGGCCCUGUGUGGCUAGUUGGUCUCAUGUUUCCGUUCCUUGUCGCUUACAAAAGUUUUCAACUUUCCAAAUUUCAUGUGUUAUGUAAUUGAUAGUUACAGAAAAUAUUAUGAAAGGUAUUAGUGAUUGACAAUGACAUUGUUGAUCACUGAACUCAAAUAGUCAAUUCCAUAUCUUGUUUUUAAUCUCUUGUACAAA